AUGAGUCGCUUCCUCCAAAUCCGCGACCAAUACUCCCGGAUUUUCGGCCGACGUUUCCUCAACAGCCAACUCUCGCUCUACAUUGGGCUUUUGCAGUUGGGGGUGUGUGUGUGGGCACUGCUGCAGCAUGUCUACAGCAUCGUCAACUUCAACAAGGUAAUUUUUUGAGGUCUUUGGGAAUUUGUAAGCUUUUUUGUAUUUUUCCGAAUUAUAAAUGCCUUUAAAAGUCGUUUUUCUUUUCUAAAAAUUACGUCUCGACUGCUGAAAAUCAUUCUUAGUCAGUUUUGGGCAAUUUCCGACCAUUGAAACAUUAUGCCAAAAAUGGCGGGAAAUUUGAAUUUUUUGAACUUUAAAUCGUUCGAAAAUACUCAAAAUUACUUUCUUAUGUCAUCAUAAAGCCCUGAAGUCGUACAUCGUUCGGUAUCCAAUGUUUUCCAACCCCUAGAACAGAAUGCCAAAAAUGGCGGGAAACUUGAAUUUUUGGAUAUCAAAACUUUUGAAAAUACUAAGAAUAACGUGAAAAUAUAAUUCCAAGACACUUAGAUCGUAUAUCAUUUUCUUUUUGGCAUCUUCGCCAUCCCUAGAACAGAAUGCCAAAAAUGGCGGGAAACUUGAAUUGUUGAAUUUUGAAAUCGUCAAGGGAAUUAAAAAUUUCUUCUGUAGGCGAUUUCAAGACCUUGAGGACAUCUUUUGCAUUUUCUUCGUCUUUUUUGACUCCUAAAACAGAAUGCCAAAAUGGCGGGAAACUCAAAUAUUCAAAAAAAAAUCCGAAAUUUUGGACCUCUGGCCUCCAAGAAUUAUUUAUGGCUGUCUAACCAAUUAUUCAAGAGAAACCCGCAUCAUGCAUUCGAACAUUCACCUGUUCCUAUAUUAUUUUACAUCAGCUACCUAUUACAAUAUAAUCGGAUUCUCAAAUGACAUCAAAUCCCCUCCUUCUCAUAUUUUCGUAAGAUUCGCGGCUAUUUUUGGGCCGCAGCUGCACCAACAAAAAAUUUAAUCAUGUUGAAAAUGAGAGGCGGAAGGAAAUAUGAUGACAUAAGGGGAAUGGAAUCCAAAUGAAAGAUUAGUCCGGCCUAAAAUAAGAUUAAUUUCUUUGUUUUUUUCGACGAUAAACCAUUAGUAUCGCUUAUUUAUAUCUAUCCUCGAAGGUCAUAAGUGAUGGAAGCGAUUUUGCAGAAAAAUUUUUGAAUUUCAAAAUUCCCGCCAUUUUUUGGCAUUCUGUUGUAAGCGUUGAAAAAUACUCAAAACUGAUUUGAAAAUGUAUAAAAGGUCUUUAAAUCACACCUAGAAAAGAUUCUUCAAGCUCUAUAUGAAUUUAGAAUUUGAAAAUUCAAAAUUCCCGCUAUUUUUGGCAUUCUGUUGUAAGGCUUCAAAAGGACUGUAAAUUACUGACAACAUGAUAUGAAGAUCCUACAUCGCAUUUAUAGUCCAUUUCAUACACCUUCAAUCACCAUAAAAUUCAAAAAUUUGAAUUUCCCGCCAUUUUUGGCAUUCCGUUCUAAGGCCAUUAAAUCAACCAGAAAACCCCGAAAUUCUCGUAAUAUUCAAGAUGACGUCGUAGGCAGACUACCAAUAUUAUAAUGCGUUCAGGAUCCGCCGAACCCGACUUCCGCUAUUCCUUUUGUUCGGCUUUUUAUUCAACCGAAAUGCCCUUCGAAAUGGGCCAAUAUUUAUUGUCUUUGCCCAAAACCCCAUGUUAUUUUGAGUACAUCAGGAAGUUAGUGGGGGCUUGUAAAGACUUUGAGAAAGCGUCUGGAUUGGAAUUACGGGGAAAGGGGGUUCGAAAAAUCAAAGGAAUCGGAGGAAAGUUCAAAAGUCAUCAUGGAUAAUAUAAUUUUCGGCCUAAAAAUGAUUGAAUAAGAAGGAAGCAUAAUAAAAAACACUCUUGGGCACUUGUUAACUACUCAUUUUUCAAUCUGAAGCAAAUUCCCGCCGAAAAUACGGCUUAGAACAGAAUGCCAAAAAUGGCGGGAAAUUUGAAUUUUUUCAAUUUUUUUUCAUAGAAAUUGAUUCUGAAGGCCAUAAAAAUUUUGUAAGGCAUUUGUUAUGUUUUUAAUAACGAUUUUUCAAAUGAAAAAUCAAAAAAAAAAAAAAUUAAAAAGAUCAAAAAUUUGAAAUAAAAAAAAUUUGAAUCCAUUUUUAAAAUUCAAAAAAAAAUCCAUUUCAGAUCCUUUUCUGCGACUUCAACGCCAAUUCCAGCCUGCCGAUGGCGUUCGCCGGCGUCGACGCGAUCAUCUUCGACAUCGGUCUGUUCCACUCACUCUGGGGCAUUGACGGUUGCGUUGCGGAGCACCUGGAUGGCGGCUACGGGAGAUUCGGAUGGUGUGUGACGCAUAUCAUGGUACUGGUGAUGUGCUUGCCAUGCGCCUUCUUGAAUCGACCUAGACCGUUUUUGUUGUGGCCGUUGCUAAUUCAGGUGAGUUUUUUUGGUUUUUUGAAAAUGAAAAAAUAAAUUUAGAAUAAAAUUUGACUUUUUGAAUAACGAAAAUAAAAAAAACUUUUUUAAAAUUUUUCGAAAUAAAUGUAAAUAAGUUUAAAAAAAUAAAAAAAAACAGUUAUUUUUUUAUUAAAAAAAUAAAUAAAGGCAUAAAAUCAAGCAUUUAUUUGUUUUUUGAUUUUUUUAAAUUAAAAAUAUGUAAUAUUUAAAUAAUUUUAAUUUUUUAAAACAAAUUUUUUUAAAUAAUUUUGUAAAAUUUUAAUUUUUUAAAAUAAUAAAUAUAAAUCAAUGCAAAAAAGUUAGUUUAUACUUAUUUUUUGAUUUAAAAAAUAUUCUUUUAAUCUUUUUCUGAUUUUUUUUUAUUUUACUGAUUUAUUUUAUUUUUGUUAGAAAUAAAAAAAUAAAAAAUUCAAAAAAUCAACCCUAUUGGUUCCAAAAAAAUCGGUAAAUUUCAAAAAUAUUUUAAAUACAAUAAACAAUUUUUUUAAAUAUAAAAACCCAAAAAAUUUCAAAAAAAAAUGAAAAAAUGGAUUUCAAAAAUUGAAAAAUCCCUCUAUUUGUUUUGAAACAUAGACUGCAAUCUUUCCACAAAAAAUCAUUUGCAAGAAAAUAGGCAAAAAAAUCGUUUAAUUAAACCCAACUACAAUUUCUGCAAACUCAAUUGUGUUUUUUGUCGAGACCAAAACGUUUUUUCCGGGCUCAUGAGAACAUAACAUUACGAACUAAUAGUGGAUUGACGCAAAUGGUCCGACAUUUGGCGUUAUUGUUCUCACACAUCAUCAUGUUGUUAAAUGGCCUCAUUGGCGAAGAAAAAAUACACAAUGAAAAUGGCUUCAAAUAUAAUAACUAAAUAGUUUUAAAUUUUGAAAAAAAAAAACAAAAUUUGAAAAAAUAAAGAAUAAAUAAUGCAAAAAUUAACAAAAAAUUUAAAUUUUGAAAAAAAAACAAAAUUUGAAAAAAUAAUAAUAAUAAUGCAAAAAUUAACAAAAAUAAUUAAACCUUUUUAGCAAAGUAUCUACGGAAUUGGCCUGCUGAUCCUGAGUUUGGCGGCAUUACCCCGGAUCCUACCAACUUUUAUGGGCGAUUUGAACAAUGCACCGAUGACGGCCAUCUUCGCAUAUGUCAUUGGGAUGUGUAUGAACUUCUUUUUGGUAAGUAGAAGGUUAAUGAAGAAACGUGCGAAGUCGUAUUUUACCCUAAAUUUUGCUUGAAACAGAAUGCCAAAAAUGGUGGGAAUUUGAAAUUUUUAUUUUUUGGAAGCAGAAAUGGGCCUCAGAAUCAAUUUUAAGUAGUAAAAUAGCGGUAUAUCUCAUUUUAGACAACAUAUCUUCUAUUUCAGACCCCUAAAACAGAAUGCCAAAAAUGGCGGGAAUCUUGCUUUUUGAAUUUUUUGUGGUCAUAAUCAGUCUCAACACGAUUCUGAUCAUGCAGAAUGACAAUAUAAUUAAUUUUCAACCACUUAGCUAGUGUUUUUGACCACUGAAACAGAAUGCCAAAAGUGGCGGGAUUUUGAAUUUUUGAAAAUUAUGGUUCAAACUCGCAUUGUAAAUCAAUUCUAAGCACAUUUUUCUAAAUAAUAGAUCAUUAUGGAGGUGUUAAAAAAAUUUGCACCAAUUUUUUCGCCGAAAAAUCAAAAAAGUCUCGAUUUCAAAUGACGUCAUCCAAACUCACAUUAAUGGGAAAUUACCCCUCUAUAUUUCAGCUCUACGUCUACUGGCAUUGGUAUUGGCACGUUGAAGCGGAAUGGGACUCGUCGCGGAAGCUGCGAGACGACGAAAUUACCCCUACAGUAGUUACCAGAACUCCGCAGACCCAACGCAAACAGCCGAUCUUGACGCAGCCGGGUGGCGAAAACGGCUCCGUAGUCGAAAAUGGGGGCCUCAAAAAAUGCGAAAAAGUGGUCAAAGUGGAUGACGAAGGUCAUGCUCCAACUCUACGUUCCAACUUCAGCAACGGCCAAGUCAAUGGCCAUGUGGGGAAUGGAAUUGGGUUUGGCGGAAAAAUGGGAGAAAACCGGAAAAAAGUUUCGUUGCUGCGCACGAAUGACAACAGCGCCACAAUCAUCCGUCAAGACCCGCCAACUAGGGUUCAAGCGCUUGUCAAUGGACUAGCCAGGGAGUUUGUAGCGGACCAUGCACAUCAAGAUAUUAUCCAUCAAAGUUUUGGUCAUCAAGAAGUGGAAACGCCCAUUUUAAUCGACGAAAAAUCUCGUUUCAAGCCGGAAAGCCCUCAGGGCUCGACAGCCUCUUCGGUGUACAGUGCAUCAGCGAUGCGGAAACCCAAGACUUUGGAGGGAAAAUUGACUUUAAGUCGGUUCAAUGAGAGCCCGGACUCGAGCCUAAGCCUCAGUAUAAAUUCGAAUAUUCCGCCAAGAUACGAAUACGAAAGCAACAGUACGACCGCCACACCACUCAGUAAUGCCACAACAAGCCGUUUAAGACAGGAUCGACGGAAAUUUGACGACCGGAAACUUCAAAAUUCCGCCGAUCUUCACCAUGGCCCACCCAGUAUCGUGGCCCCCAAUUCGACGCCGGUUUUGCCAAGAAGCCUUGGCCAAAACACGCCGAAAAUGACCUCAGACUCUCCGAAAUUGGACGUUUUGCCGAGAACGCUGGCGCAGAGUCGCAUGCGAAUGCUGAGGAAAUACCAAUCGACCGAAAAUUACUCGCCCAUCAGCCGGAAAAAGAGCCAACUGUCGCAAAGCGCGCAUAACAGCUUCGUCGAGGAGAAUACGUACGAUCGAGUGCAUACGCCAAGCGAGGGAACGUUGAAUAGUGAGGUGGAGACGCCUACGGCAGAGGUGGCUAGUCGGAAGGAUACAGUGGAGAGCAGAGGUAAGGAAAUUGCCGUAUCGAGCCGGAAACUUUUUUUUUUCAAAGUGUAGUAAAAAUUCAUUGUAGUAAUGGCCAGAAAAUAAGUUUCUAGCGAUCAAAUCGUGACUAGUGACAUUUUUUGAGCAUCUAUUUUUGACUUGCAACCGAUAAAACAGAAUGCCAAAUUUGGCGGGAAUUUGAAAAUUUGAAUUUUCAGUGCUCUAAAUUGGACGUAAUACCAGAUUUCACACAAUAAAAUAGCAAGCACUGGUAUUUUAAGCACAUGUACGUCAUUUCCGACCCUAAAACAGAAUGCCAAAUUUGGUGGGAAUUUGAAAAUUUGAAUCUUUUAGUGCACCAAAUUCGACGAUAUUUUUAAUUUCCAUAAAUAAAAUAACAAACGCUGACAUUUUUGAGCACAUAUCAGCCAUUUCCGACCACUAAAACAGAAUGCCAAGUUUGGCGGGAAUUUGAAAAUUUGAUUUUUUCUUUAAACAUCGCCAAAAAUAAAAUUUGUACAUGACAAAAAAUACAUAAAUUUUCAAUUUUCAGUCUCCUCCGAGCUCCAUCGGCCCGCGAUUUUCCCCGGUCGUCCCUUGGAUCCGUCGCCUGCGUCCUACGACGAUUUCCUGCGCGAAAGCCGACUCGCUCAAUGGACCCCUUCGCCGACCGUGCUGCGGAUCAACCCUGCCUUGGCGCACGUCCACGCCAACGGUGCGUUCCGCCAAAGCAGUCUGGACAACAACUUGGUUCGUCGGAGCGGGGGUUACGGUAGCGAUCCGGAGGCGCCGCGACGGAGUAAUUAUGGUCAAUUUAGUAGCCAUUCUACUGUGUUCGCAAACUCAGCGAGGGUGGGAAAUGACUUGAAUCGGCUUCAAAAUGGAUUCAGUAAUCAUAAGGGGAUCUACAGUAACCGGCAGCACUACAGUAAUCCUCUAAAUACAACUUACAGUAACCCGUCAACAAGUUACAGUAACCAAAAAAUUGUUGACUACAGUAUACCAGAAGGCCCCGAGUACCGUGAUUUGGAGGAUCGCAGCUACAGCACCCCUCUAAACGAAAGUUACAGUAACCGCACCGAAAUCUACAGUAACUCCGGGAAAAUUUACAAUAACCUCCCGAACGGCUACAGUAGCCCUAAACUCGGUCUUAAACGCACUUCUGACGGUUACAGUAACCCAGGGACCAAUUACAGUAACCCGGGUAAAAGUUACAGUAACCCGCCAAAUGAAGCCUACAGUACUCCGCCACCUCCCAGCAACGGAUAUAGCAGCCCAUACUCGCCCUGCAGUCGCACUCCGGUCCCAGCGCCGGCGCCCAGCCCCUACGGCUAUCAAAAACAGCCUUUAGGGCCAAAAGGGAGCCUGGACAGCCGCCUGUACAGCCACUACCAAACGGGUCUUUGA